AUGCGCCGCGCCGCCCUUAGCAAGUCUAAGAGACGCCGACGAGACAGCCCCACGCCUGCUGCAAACGCAAAUACAACUACAAAUGCCAGUGCCAAUGCAAACUCUAAUGCUAAUACAACCGCGAAUACCACUCAACAAAUUGCUGAUUCAUCCUUGAAUGUUGUCGAGUCUCCAUCACGGAAUGAGUAUCUCCAGACUGCUCACCACCACCACCAUCAACAUCACCAACUUGUCGAUUCCGCCACAGUCAUCGUCGACGACACCGCUUACAGCGUAAAGGGCUAUUCACAACUUCAGUACGACUCGACUCUCCUACCUAGUGCUGGGCAGUCCUGUAUCGUUCCCGAAGCCGCGAUCGACUCGCCCAUGACAGAUGCGUUCCUCGCCAGCAUCGACGCCGUCUCCACUUCCACUUCUCCCUCUGCUUCCGCUACCAAUGCAACUCCUCUUGCUCCGUUGACUACCGAUUCUACAAAUCCGGUCCUCGCUGGGCAUUCAUAUCAGGACAACUACGACCAAUUUACAUCCAGUACACAUCGCUACACUCAUACUCACGACUCUGAAUCAGAAUCAGAAUCCUACGACUCAGGCUUGGAAGCCGAAUCCGAAUCCGACAGUGACUUGGAUCAAGACGAAGAAGACGGCAUCGGCCUUGACUCGGAAGCCCCCGUCCGCGUACCUCAUUCAGACGAGUUCUGGGCUCCUUCCACAAAUCUUGACUUAGACCCCGACUACAUCCCAUUCUACCACGACGUGGAUCAUGACCUUGAGAUGAGCGAUAGCGAAGGCGGCGCCCCUCUUGACGAAGACAUCUACGACGAACUUCAAACUCAAACAUAUCAACAAUUUACCCAAUCCGAGGACAAUGAUGGGCCAGCCCCCACCAUGGGAUCAGUCAACUACCUCUCGCAGCCUCUCUUGCAGAUAUCCGCCAUAGUUGAUACCGAUCUGAUCAUGGAUGCUACUCCACCUCCAGCGCCAUGGGAUGUUAUCCCUGACGCUGAUAGCAUACCAUCGUCGCCGCAAACUCCGACCCCUAUGCCCUUGGAGCCUCUUGGUCCCUCGUUUAUCGAAAAUCCCAACCCUAACAUGUUUGGGUCGAUUAACUUGGGCUUGUUUGAUUUCUUAACCCACUGGGCAUACCAAGCCCGGUUUUCUUCCAAUUCAUCCGUCCCACGGGCAAACGCACCCUGUCCAGAAGACAUUCGACGUCAAGCGGAUACUCAGGUACAUGAUGUCCGUUAUGACGACUUGUAUGGUGAUUGUUUCGACAUGCAAGGUCUAAACUGGGAGUCUAUGAACACAACUCGGCAACACGCACGCAGAGAACGGUGUAAGACAUUCAGAAAUUAUGUCAACAAGGAGGGUUCAGACCAGUGGAGCCCGCACAUGGCCGACGUAGAUAUCCCCUCCUCCAAGAGCUUCAUGAGAUUCAAGCGAUUCCUUGUUCGUCCGGAUGUUCACCUAGCUCACUUCCAACUACGGAGCGUUCUUGCAUGUCCUGCUAUCUCUCAGGUUUACUACCCCGGUGGGAAAGGAAUCAACUGCAUCAAUCCCAUCUCGGGAAAGACAGAACUCAAGCUCAACAACAGUCAUAUACAUGGUCUGGGGAGUCUUAUUUCUACCCUUGACGUAAAUUACGGUGUCAUGUUUGCAGGAACUUUCAACGGGGAGUAUUAUCUCAAGAGGCUCGACUCUGAAGACAAGAAGGACUAUUCGGAAGGACAUAUCACUUCAAGCAUGGGAGGUAUCACCAACCACGUCCAGAUCUACCAGCCUCGACAAUCAUCUGCUCCUGUUGCCGCCAUCUCCAGUAACGACGAAGGAUUCCGCGUUCUUGACCUCACUACGGAACAGUUCUUAACACAGAGCAGAUAUGGGUUCCCUCUCAACUGCUCGCGCAUCUCACCCGAUGGUCGCUUGAGAGUCAUGGUUGGAGAUGACUUCAAGGUUUUAAUUACGAAUGCCGAUUCUGGCGAGAUCCAGCAGGAACUAUCGGGACACCGUGACUAUGGCUUUUCGUGCGACUGGUCGGACGACGGUUGGACGGUAGCCACGGGUUUCCAAGACAAGGGAAUCAAGAUCUGGGAUGCUCGUCGUUGGUGUGACUCAAGGGGUGUGAGCACACCUUUGUGCACUAUCAGGUCAGAAAUGUCCGGCGUGAGAAACCUGCGCUUCUCUCCAGUCGGUAGCGGUGAGAGAGUGCUCGUCGCUGCUGAAGAGGCUGACUACGUCAAUAUCAUCGACGCCCAGACAUUUUCCAACAAGCAGACGGUCGAUAUCUUUGGCGAAAUUGGAGGUGUUGCUUUCACAAACGAUGGGCAAGACCUCAAUGUUCUUGUGAGCGACCGUGAUCGUGGCGGCCUCCUCCAGCUCGAACGAUCUGGUCUUGGACCCGAACCCUACUUCCACAACUCUUGGCGCCGUUACCAUGAUUCUGGAAGUGAUUCAUGGCGAUACCGAUCUGAUGAAUACUCACAUCUUGGUGAACCCUCACGCCGCAACCCUAUCUCGACUGAUGCUUUGGCAAUAUUCUAA